AAAAAAAAGAAAGAAAAGAAAGAAAAAAGGGUACUUGCAAUGAUUCAAAUAUUCUCAGGAAGAAGAAAAGAUUUAAAACUAAAAGUGAAUGAGUAUUAUGCGUUUAAUUUUGAUGCUUUAAAUCUUUUUAUGAAGUUAAGUCUAUAAACUUAGAAAAUACCUCAGGUGCCCCUAAAAAUGUCUAUAAACUAGCUUAUCAAAUAGUUUCAUAUAAGGGAAUUAUUUAAAGAGUAAGUCAGAAUAACUUUUCCUUAAAUUGCUAUGAUAAUCAUAAUGCUUUUUUCUUUAAUCUUUAGAAAGCUGGAAAUAAUACCUAAGCCUACUUCUUGACAUGGUAUCAAAACAGAGCUUUUGCUGAGAGUUUGAUUUAUAAAGAAAUUAUGGUUCGACUGACCUUGGAUCUAAUUGCCAGAAACAGCAAUCUUAAAUCCCGAAAAGAAGAAACCAUUUCACAGUGCCUGAAGAAAAUAACUCAUAUAAAUUUUUCAGACAAAAAUAUAGAUGCAAUUGAAGACCUCUCUCUUUGCAAAAAUCUUAGUGUUUUAUAUUUAUAUGAUAAUUGUAUUAGUCAAAUCACUAACCUGAAUUAUGCCACAAAUCUGACCCACUUGUACCUACAAAACAAUUGUAUUUCAUGUAUAGAGAACCUCAGGUCAUUAAAGAAACUGGAAAAACUGUAUCUGGGAGGCAAUUACAUUGCUGUCAUAGAAGGUUUAGAAGGAUUAGGAGAACUAAGAGAGCUUCAUGUUGAGAAUCAGAGGCUUCCCCUUGGGGAAAAGCUUCUGUUUGAUCCAAGAACUCUUCAUUCUCUGGCAAAAUCCCUCUCUAUAUUGAAUAUCAGCAAUAAUAAUAUUGAUGACAUUAGAGACUUAGAAAUACUGGAGAAUCUUAAUCAGCUCAUAGCCGUUGACAACCAACUUCUGCAUGUGAAGGAUUUGGAGUUUUUACUGAACAAGUUGAUGAAGCUGUGGAAAAUUGACCUAAAUGGAAAUCCUGUUUGUCUCAAACCAAAAUACAGGGACAGACUGAUACUGGUGUCCAAAUCACUGGAAUUUCUUGAUGGAAAAGAAAUUAAAAAUAUAGAAAGACAAUUUCUAAUGAAUUGGAAAGCAUCCAAAGACGCCAAGAAAAUCAGCAAAAAAAGGAGCAGUAAAAAUGAGGAUGCAAGCAAUUCACUCAUAAGUAACUUUGAAACAAUGCAUCACAUCGUUCCUGUUUAUUACCCACAGGUGGGUAAGCCAAAAUUAGUCUUUUUCUCUGAAAUACAGAGAUACCCUGUAAAUGGAAAUGCAUCUCCAGAAAGUUCCCGAGAAGAUUACACUAAAAUUAUUGAAGAGAUGGGGAAUCUCUCUCUGAAGCAAUCUGAAAGCUUGCUGACAAAAAAUGAUGUGCAUGAACCUCACCUUUUCCAUAACCCCAAAGAAAAAGAAAAUUUGUUUGCAGAAAAUGAGUAAAUUCAGCCUCAAGUGACAGGAAAU